UGUCAGUCUCACGCUCGUAACGUAAUCGUCCUGCAGCAGUGUCGUAUAAUACCGCCGUCCAGUGUGGUCGUUACACGUAAGAACGACAAAAGAAAAUAAAUUUAUAUUCUUAGUAUCAUUCGUAUCCUACCGGACAACGGCCGCACGACCCAAUCGACAGCGCCAAUAGACUUGGCGCGUACCCGGCAAGUGAUAUCUACGAGCCCGUGAUCUAGAGACGCGCGCGGUACCGAGUGCACUAUUGUACUUAACCGUCACCAGGACACACGUUAUAAUAUUAUAACUCUCGGUCGCCGCUGAAGCCCGGCCCCGGUAUGAGUACGGCCUGCAGAAGGCUCAGUAAACAGGCCAUUGCUGCCCAAGAUUCUCCAAACUCAUGUUUCACACACAAUCUUCUCACCUUUCUGACAAUAGCGUCUGUUGUCGGGGGUGUCGUUCUGGGGUUCAUACUGAAGGGUUGGUCGGAUACGAAAUGGACCCCUCGUGAAAUCAGUUACAUACAAUUUCCCGGUGAAAUUUUCCUCAGGAUGCUCAAAAUGCUCAUUGUACCCCUUUUGGUAUCUUCGAUCGUGUCGGCCAUCGGAUCACUGGACUUAUCGCUCAGCAAGCGUAUCGGAAUGCAAUCAGUUUUGUAUUAUGCGGCCACCACGUCGAUGGCUGUGCUUCAGGGUAUAUUUUGGGUUUUGCUGGUACAUCCAGGACGGCCGAUAUCGGACAACGAGGACACCACCGAGGAGGCAGACACGUCUUCCGUCAAACCCGUUACCACACCAGACACCAUUUUGGAUCUGAUUAGAAACAUAUUUUUGGACAAUCUCAUCGAAGGAUGCAUAUCUACCUACCGAACUGUAUUAGUAGUACCCCCAGGAGUUGUGUAUAACAGCAGUGGUACUUCUCCUGAAACGAUAUCCGAAUGGAAAAUUUCUUCAGAAAUGGUUGAAGGCAGUAACGUAUUGGGUCUUGUAGCAUUCAGUGUUGUUUUCGGUAUAUGUAUCGGAAAAUUAGGAAAUGCCGGUAAACCCAUUUUGGCCCUAUUUGAUUCACUCGGUGAAGCCGUGAUGCUUAUGACAAACUGGGUAAUUUGGCUAUCGCCGAUUGGUGUUCUGUUUUUGGUGGCCGCUAAAGUUUUGGAGAUAACCAAUUUCAGCGUACUAAUUGGGCGACUCGGGUUGUAUUUUAUCACUGUUGUGUUCGGUCUAUUUGUACACGGAUUUGUUCUGUUGCCGUUAAUGUACACAGCGUUUACUCGUCGUUCGCCAUUUACAUUUACCAUGAACAUGGGACAGGCCAUCAUUACUGCUUUUGGUACAGCAUCCAGUUCUGCGUCACUUCCUAUAUCGAUGGCGUGUCUAGAGGAAAAUAACAAAAUCGACGUUAGGGUAUCGCGAUUCGUCAUGCCCAUUGGAGCCACCAUCAACAUGGACGGUACAGCUCUUUACGAAGCUGUAGCAGCGAUAUUCAUCUCUCAAUUACGUGGCAUGGAACUCAGUAUGGGUAAAAUUGCUGCUGUCAGUGUAACAGCUACCAUGGCCAGUAUCGGAGCCGCUGGAAUUCCUCAAGCGGGACUUGUUACCAUGGUCAUGGUCCUCGAUACGCUUGGACUACCCGCUAAAGACGUGUCUUUAAUCAUUGCUGUGGAUUGGUUACUUGAUCGAUUCCGGACGACUGUAAAUGUGAUGGGUGACGCUUAUGGUGCUGGAAUUGUAGCCAAGCUAGCCGAGAAUGAUUUAGAGCUUGCGCAAAAUACUGCUGGGUCAAUAGAAGCUGCCAAACCAGUAGACGACCAAUGGAACACAACGACAUCAAUGUAAUACUUUACCACCGUCGUACCAGGCGAAUUUCUUUUUAUUUCUUUUUUUUUUCUACAUACACAAUGUGUUUUGACGUAACAAUUUUUAGUAUUUGUAGUUAAUCAAUUUACAUGACACAAGUCGUUUUCGUGUUCUUAAUGUUAAGAUUUAGUAUAGUAUGUAUAGUAUACGUUUAUUAUUAUUUUUUUUUAUUACUAUUAUUAUCAUUAUUGUUAUUAAAUUAUUAUGUUAGAUGUACCGUGCCAAUUAUACGUUAUUGCGUAUUUAUUAAA